UGCAGACGCGUCGCACGACGCGGGUUAAAUUGUAAUUUUUUAAAUUAAAUUUAGAAUACAGAAAAUUCGUAUUGUUGCUUAUAAAAUACAAUUGAGAAAUUUUAUAGUGAUGACAAUGAACUGAAAUUUAAUUAAAAAAUAAUAGACAUGUUACUAAAAACGUAUAGUGAUAUUUUUUCAAAUUCACGCCUUUGAAGUGAUUGAUAUUUAAAAAAAUACUACAAAAAACAAUUGAACUGAACGUGUUUUAAUCAAAAAAAGAAUGUAACGAAACAAAUACCCAUAAAACAAAGACUGUUAACUUGUGAUUUUUAGAAAAAAAAAGUGACUGAAAAAAAGUUAAGUGCUAAAAUGGAGUCGAAAGUCGAAAUAAGUGAGACACAAACCCAGAAAAAGGUGCCGAAGCCGUUUUCCAUCGAAUCUCUAAUUGGAGAUCGGAAAUCACCAGAAAUAGAUAUAGAAAACAAUAUUUCUGAGAGUUCCAGAAAUUCAGAAGAAGAUGAGAAUGAGAGAUUAGAAGGAUUAAACCAGAUGAGAUAUUACGCGCCAUUUUUGCAACAAAAUGGCUUCCCAUUUUUACUAGGAUACCCUGAACCGUGGUUGUCAAGAGUGCUCGGUUCCGUACCGGCUCCAGUGAGGGAAAAUCGUGAAGAAGAGAAGAGGGAGAGUCCUGUGAGUGUCGGGAGUGAGGCUGAGAGUGACGGCGGAGAGGAGACUAACCAAGGAAACGACUCGGAGCCAGACCAAGAAGACUCGACAGACACAGCACGAGAGAGUAAAGCGAGAAGAAGAAGAACUGCCUUCACAUCGGAACAGCUCCUCGAGCUGGAGAGAGAGUUUCACGCCAAGAAGUAUCUGAGUCUUACUGAGAGGUCUCAGAUAGCAUCUGCUUUGAAACUUAGUGAAGUUCAGGUGAAAAUAUGGUUCCAAAAUCGCCGAGCGAAAUGGAAACGCGUCAAAGCGGGCCUCGCGUCCGGGAGCCACUCAAGCAAAAACGGUUCGGGCACCAAAAUAGUCGUCCCCAUACCAGUCCACGUAAACCGAUUCGCGAUCCGAACUCAACAUCAUCAAAUGGAGAAACAAAACCUUCAAUAUCGAUUAGAAAGACAGCAACCACUACCAGGUAGCCUCCUACAAUCACAAACGUCAGCAUUUUUAAGUGCAACGAAAAUCGAUUCGAAUAAUCGAUUGGAUAGGGAACCGAAUAUGAAUGGUCGCAGCUCUAUGUUUGACGUUUCUAUGCCUGGACGUAUGACGACCAUGAAUCAAGUAAAUCUGAGACAUUUUCAAAAUGGCCGACCGAGCUAAUUAUUGUUAAUGGACCAAUCGUUCUUUGGAGCUUGAGUUUUAAGGAUUUUUUGUCAACAUUUUUAAAUAACCAAUGUCAAUUCAAAUAUUGAUGAUCGUGAAACAAACUAUUUGAAAAAAAUCAAUAGAAGUCACGUCAAAAACGUAGUACUUGCUAAAGCCCAAUUGCUCAAGCAAUCUUCAAUUUUGUAGACUUAAGUAAUUCUAUGGACCCAUUUAAUCGGUGUUUUUAUUCAGUAAACAAGAGUUUUCUUUGUUUUUAAAAAAUAUGAAAGUGUAGAUGGGUUACCUAAACAACGUUCGGUCUUCAAAAAUGACACACUAACGCAAACAUCAAUACGUUGGCAGACCAACGUGACUCUGAUGCCCUGUUCGCACUAUGCUAGUAUUUUAGUCAAGUAGCGAAUAUUUAGUAACUGCCUCUCGCUUCGAUUUUGGAAUAGAAGUGAAAGGGACAUACUAAACACUUGCUGCGAACAAGGCAUAAGGUACAAUAGGGUAGUUGCCAUGGAAUGAUAAUUAAAAAUCUAAUUAAUCCGUCAGUUAGAUAAUUAA